AUGUCAUUAUUGCUGCAGUCAUUAUAUCGACCGAUAGCGCCCGACAGGCCUGCAGAAGGAGGCGGCGGCGGAUUUGAAUACAUCGAAGAGUUUCUACCAAAAGGAUGGGGGAAGACAAGCAAGAUACAUGCUGUGAAAAGCAGCUUCGAUUGGAGCAAGGUAUCUCGCCGAAACCCCAUACCAUCCAGGAUCCCUCUUCCCAAAGGCAGACCACACUCCCUCCCACGAAUACAACAUAUAUUCCCGAAAGAAUCUCGAUUCGACCUUGCACAAUUGGAGUCGCAGCGUCAGUCAGUACGGAGGGCGUUUCAGAAAUGUUGGCGGUCUUACAAAGAGCAUGCUUGGAUGCGAGAUGAACUUAUGCCCCUGUCUGGCGGCAGCAAAGACACGUUCGGAGGAUGGGCCGCGACGUUGAUUGAUAGCCUGGAUACUCUGUGGAUUAUGAGACUGGAGGCUGAGUUCAAGGACGCGGUGGCUGCCGUGGCUACCAUUGAUUGGAACUACACGAACAACACCUCUUGCAACAUAUUCGAAACUACCAUCCGCCAUCUUGGGGGACUUCUAUCAGCGUAUGAUUUGAGCAAUUCGCAGGUAUUAUUGGACAAGGCUAUCGAGCUUGGGGACAUGCUCUAUGCGGGGUUUGACACCCCCAAUGGAAUGCCACCCUUUUGGCUCGACUUCGAGAAAGCAAAGGCAGGGGAGCUAGAAGCAGAUAGCCAUGGUCCAAUUGCUUCACCAGGUUCCCUCUCUCUGGAGUUUACUCGAUUGUCACAAAUCACGAAGGACCCCAAAUACUAUGCUGCCAUCUCGCGAAUCACAGAUCUGAUUGAAAGGCAUCAAAGCACGACCCAGAUUCCCGGAAUGUGGCCCACGAUGAUCGACUCGCGAAACGAGGGGUUCAAUCUGCGUGAAUUUUCCAUUGGCGCUCUGGCAGACUCUCUAUAUGAAUAUUUCCCGAAAAUGCAUGCUCUUAUGGGUGGGCUAAACCCCGUGUAUGAGAAAUUGACCAUAUCGUCACUGGACACAAUCAAGAAAAACGCUUUGUUUCGACCUAUGCUCGCCCAUGGGGAAGAUAUUCUAUUUGCAGGCAGAAUGAGAGUAAAUGAGAACGGAGGUAUAGACUUGGUACCAGAAGGGGAACACUUGAGCUGUUUUGCUGGAGGCAUGUAUGCUCUGAGUGGGCGGCUUUUUGGCCGCGACGACCAUGUCGAUUUGGGAGUGAGACUGGCCAGGGGCUGCAGCUAUGCAUAUGCUGCUUUCCCAACAGGCAUCAUGCCCGAAAUCUUCAAUAUGUUCCCUUGCGAAACAUUGGAUGGUUGUGCAUGGGACGAAGAGAUGUGGGAAUUGGAUGGAGAUCAUAAUCUCCCGAAAGGAUUCAAAAACGCUCGUGAUCCAUCUUAUCUUCUCCGGCCAGAAGCCAUCGAGAGCGUUUUCCUCUUAUACCGCAUCACAGGACUGGUGGAAUUCCGGGAUGCUGCAUGGAAUAUGUUUCAAGCGAUUCAAAAUGCUACUGAGACGGAAUUUGGAAAUGCUAGGAUUGAAGAUGUGACUGUUAGUGGGAAACCACCGAAAAAGACAGAUUCCAUGGAGAGCUUCUGGUUAUCAGAGACACUCAAGUAUUUUUACCUGGUGUUUUCUCCACCAGAUCUGAUCUCCUUAGAUGAUUAUGUACUGAACACGGAGGCGCAUCCAUUGAAACGAUUAAAGUAA